UAGCAAAAAUGCGUUCCUCGUCAUUAAUAUGUUUGCUCGCGGUAAUUGUGGCCUCGCGGGAGAAUCGAUAACUGCAUCUUUGAUGCACUUGCUAGUACUAGUACAUCUGAGAAUUCUUAAUUGGCUAGUUGUAAAUAGCCCCACCCCAGGACUAUGGAACAAAGGGUUAUCCCGGACCUACACCGAGAUAUUGACGGUGAUUCUCAAAUAUCGAAGAACAGAAUGUGAUACGAUGAGAUAGAAUGCAAUAGAAACAAAGACACAGGGAACGAACGGGUUCCCUACUCUUAACGGUCAACGAACCCUUUCAUUCUGAAUUCUUUAAUUCGAAAUGACUUUAAUUCCAAAUGAAUCAAAUCUCCCCAAGUAGGAUUCGAACCUACGACCAGUCAGUUAACAGCCGACCGCUCUACCACUGAGCUACUGAGGAACAACGGGAGAUUCGAUCUCAUAGAGUUCAAUUCCCGUUCUCAACUCAUAACCAAUAUGAGCUCGAAGUUUCCUUCGUAACUCCCGGAACUUCUUCGUAGUGGCUUCGUUACAUGCCUCAUUUCAUAGGGAACCUCAAAGUGGCUCUAUUUCAUUAUAUUCCAUCCAUAUCACAAUUCCAUUCAUUUAAUAUCCCUUUGGUGUCCAUUGACAUAAGAGAUGUCGUUUCUAGUCUAUAUCUUUCUAUUUCUAUAUAUGGAAAGUUAAAAAAUCAUCAUAUAAUAAUCCAGAAAAGAAAUCGAAAUAGAAAAGAAAAAAGGGAGGUUUGGGAUGAUUUUGAAAUCUUUUCUACUAGGGAAUCCAGUAUCCUUAUGCAUGAACAUAAUAAAUUCGGUCGUUAUGGUCGGACUCUAUUAUGGAUUUCUGACCACAUUCUCCAUAGGGCCCUCUUAUCUCUUCCUUCUCCGAGCUCGGGUUCUGGAAGAAGGAGAAGAAGGAACCGAGAAGAAGGUAUCAGCAACAACGGGUUUUAUUGCGGGACAGCUCAUGAUGUUCAUAUCGAUCUAUUAUGCGCCUCUGCAUCUAGCAUUGGGUAGACCUCAUACAAUAACUGUCCUAGCUCUACCGUAUCUUUUGUUUCAUUUCUUCUGGAACAAUCACAAACUUUUUGAUUAUGGAUCUACUACCAGAAAUUCAAUGCGUAAUCUUAGCAUUCAAUGUGUAUUCCUGAAUAAUCUCAUUUUUCAAUUAUUCAACCAUUUCAUUUUACCAAGUUCAAUGUUAGCCAGAUUAGUCAACAUUUAUAUGUUUCGAUGCAACAACAAGAUGUUAUUUGUAACAAGUAGUUUUGUUGGUUGGUUAAUUGGUCACAUUUUUUUCAUGAAAUGGGUUGAAUUGGUAUUAGUCUGGAUACAGCAAAAUAAUUCUAUUCGAUCGAAUAAGUACAUUCGAUCGAAUAAGUACCUUGUGUCAGAAUUGAGAAAUUCUAUGGCUCGAAUCUUUAGUAUUCUCUUAUUUAUUACCUGUGUUUACUAUUUAGGCAGAAUACCGUCACCCAUUGUUACUAAAAAAUUCAAAGAAACCUCAGAAACGGAAGAAAGGGGGGAAGGCGAGGAAGAAACAGAUGUAGAAAUAGAAAGAUGUAGAAAUAGAACAACUUUCGAAACGAAGGGGACUAAACAGGAACAAGAGGGAUCCACCGAAGAAGAUCCUUCUUUUUCGGAAGAAAAGGAGGAUCCGGACAAAAUCGAUGAAAGGGAAGAGAUCCGAGUGAAUGAAAAGGAAAAAACAAGGGAUGAAUUCAACUUUCAAGAGACAUUCUAUAAAGAUAGCCAAGUUUAUAAAACUUCUUAUAUGGAUAGGAAUAAAAAUAAAGAGAAUUCGAAGUUCGAAAUAUUUAAAUUGAAAGAAGAUCCAUUUUUAUGGUUUGAAAAACCUCUUGUGACUCUUCUUUUCGACUAUAAACGAUGGAAUCGCCCAUUACGAUAUAUAAAAAACAAUCACUUUGAAAAUGCCGUAAGAAAUGAAGUGUCACAAUAUUUUUUUUAUAUAUGUCGAAACAAUGGAAAAGAAAGAAUAUCUUUUACGUAUCCCCCCAGUUUGUCAACUUUCUUGGAAAUGAUAGAAAGAAAAAUUUCUUUGUUGACAAAAGAAAAACUACCCUCUGAUGAAUUGUAUGAUCAUUGGAUUUAUACCAAUGACCAAAAAAAGAACAACUUGAGCAAAAAAUUUCGAAAUCGAAUGGAAACUCUAAAUAAAGGAUCCAUUACUCUAGAUGUAUUCGAAAAAAGAACUAGAUUGUGUAAUGAUGAAAAUAAAAAAGAAUACUUGCCUAAAAUAUAUGAUCCCUUUUUGAAUGGGCCCGGUCGUGGAAGGGUGAAAUUUUUUUUUUCAUCCCAAAUCCUAAAUAAAAUGUCCAUAAAAAAUUACAUCGAGACAGGUUGGAUAAAUAAGAUUCAUAGUAUACUUUUUACUACUGAUCAGGAAAAAUUGGAAGAAAAAAUAGAUACAUUUGAUAAAAAUUCAUUAUCAACAGAAAAAAAACUUUCUUUAUUUCCAUUUCCAGAAACCGAACAAGGAAGAAUUCAUUCACAAGAUCAAAUAAAAAUUUUGAAAAUUUUCUUCAACGCAGUUAUAACUGAGCCCAAGACUAAAAGAAUAAAAAAAAAAUCUAUUGGAAUAAAAGAAAUAAGUAAAAAAGUUCCUUCAUGGUCAUACAAAUUAAUCAACGAUUUGGAACAACAGGAAGGAGAAAACGAAGAAAUCGUGGCAGAGGAUCAUGAGAUUCGUUCCAGAAAAACCAAGCAUGUACUAAUUUUUACUGAUAACGAUGAAAAUACUGAUGCUAAUAGCAAAAAUACUAAUAAUCUUGAUGAAGCCGAUGAAGUGACUUUCAUACGUUAUUCACAACAAUCAGAUUUUCGUCGAGACAUAAUCAAAGGCUCUAUGCGUGCUCAAAGACGUAAAACAGUUAUUUGUGAAUUGUUUCAAGCAAAUGUGCAUUCUCCUCUUUUUUUGGACAGAAUAGCCAAACCCCUUUUUUCUUUUGAUAUCUCCGGGAUGAUAAAAUUCAUUUUGAAAAAAUGGAUGUAUAAAAAAACAACAGAAUUAAGAAUCUCGGAUUAUACCGAGGAAAAGAAAAAAGAAAAUGAGAAAAAAAAAGAGGAAGACAAAAGAGAAGAAUACAAAAGACAAGAGAAAGCACGAAUAGAAAUAGCCCAAACCUGGGAUAGAGUUUUAUUUGCUCAAGCAAUAAGAGGAUCCCUAUUAGUAACCCAAUCUUUUCUUAGAAAAUAUAUUCUAUUCCCUUCAGUGAUAAUAGCUAAAAAUAUAGCCCGUAUAUUAUUAUUUCAAUUUCCCGAGUGGUCUGAGGACUUAAAAGAUUGGAAUAGAGAAAUGCAUGUUAAAUGCACCUAUAAUGGUGUUCAAUUAUCAGAAACCGAAUUUCCAAAAAAUUGGUUGACAGACGGUAUUCAGAUAAAGAUCCUAUUUCCUUUUUACCUUAAACCUUGGCACAGAUCUAAGGUGCCACCUCGCCAGAAAGAUCGGCUGAGAAAUAAAGAGCAAAAAAACGAUUUUUGUUUUUUAACAGUUUGGGGAAUGGAAACUGAAGUUCCUUUUGGUUCUCCCAGAAAACAACGUUCAUUUUUUGAACCCAUUUUUAAAGAACUCAGAAAAAAAAUUAUAAAAUUACAAAAGAAUCCUUUUUUAGUUAUACAGGUUUUAAAAGAAAGAAGAAAUGUUUUUUUAAACCUUUCAAAAGAAAGAAAAAAAUCGGUCAUGAAAACCAUUCUAUUUUUAAAAGGAAUAAUAAAAGAACUUUCCAAAAGAAACCCAAUUCAAUUAUUUGGAUUAAGAAAAAUAGAUGAAUUGAGUGAAACUAAAAAAGAAAAAAAUGGGGUAAUCAGUAAUGGGAUGAUUAAUGAAUCGUCCAUUCAAAUUCGAUUUAUGGAUUUGACAGAUUCUUCAUUGACAGAAAAAAAAAUGAAAGAUCUGGAUGAUAGAACCAGCACAAUCAGGAAUCAAAUAGAAAAAAUUACAAAAGAUAAUAAAAAAGGAUUUUUAACUCCGGAAAUCAAUAUAAAUAUUAGUUCUAAUAAAAUAAGUUAUCCUACUAAACUAUUAGCAUCAAUAAAAAAUAUUUGGCAGAAAUUAAAGAAAUUCAAAAGAAUAAAUGUUCGAUUAAUCCGUAAAUCAUAUUCUUUUUUCAAAUUUUUAAUUGAAAGGAUAUACAUAAAUAUACUUAUCUGUAUCAUUAAUAGUCCGAGGAUCACUACACAACUUUUUUUUGAUAAUUCAACAAAAAUGAUCGAUAAAUACAUUUACAAUAAUGAAACAAAUAAAGAAAAAAUAGCUAAAACAAAUAAAAAUACAAUUCGUUUUAUUUGGACUAAAAAAAAAUCAAUUUCUGAUAUUAGUAAAAAAAAUGCAAAGAUUUUAUUAUCCUCCUUCUCACAAGCAUAUGUAUUUUACCAAUUAUAUCAAACGCAAUUUUGUAAUUUGUAUAAGUUAAGAUAUGUCCUUCAAUAUCACGGAACAUCUUUUUUUCUUAAGAAUGAAAUAAAGGAUUAUUUUGAAACACAAGGAAUUUUUUAUCCUGAAUUAAAACAUAAAAAUAUUUUGAAUUCGGAAAUGAUUCAAUGGAAAAACUGGUUAAGGGGUCAUUAUCAAUAUGAUUUAUCUCCGAUUAGAUGGUAUCGAUUAGUACCACACAAAUGGCGAAAUAGAUUCAAUCAAACACGUAUAGUGCAAAAUAAAGAUUUAAACAAAAGGCAUUCAGAUGAAAAAGAUCGAUUAAUAUUAAUUAAUUACAAAAAAUUAAAUGAUUUUGAAUUAAAUUCAUUAUCAAAUUCAAAAUAUAACCUUCAAAAAUACUAUGGAUAUGACCUUUUCUCAUAUAAAUCGAUUAAUUAUGAAAAUAAGAAGGAUUCACAUAUUUAUGUAUCACCAUUACGUUUAAAUAAUAAACAAGAGAUUUCUUAUAAUUACAACAAGAUAUAUAAAAAAGGUAAAUUAAUUAAUAUGCCAGGAGGUAUUAUCCCUAUUAAUUUAGAAGAUGAUGAUAUUCUCAAUCUAGAUAAAUUUACAGAUAGAAAAUAUUUGGAUUGGAGAAUUUUCGAUUUUUGUCUUCGAAAUAAAGUCAAUAUUGAGUCCUGGAUUGAUAUCGAUACCAAUGGUAAUAAAAAUACUAAGACUGGGUUUAAUAAUUAUCAAAUAAUUGAUAAAAUGGAUCAAAAAGGUAUUUUUUUUCUUAAAAUUUCCCAAAAUGGAGGAAUUAUGGCAUCCAACAAAAAAAAAGAUCUUUUUGAUUGGAUGGCAAUGAAUGAAGAAAUACUAAGUCGUCCCAUAUCAAAUCGAAACCUUUGGUUCUUUCCAGAAUUUGUGAUCCUUUAUAAUACAUAUAUUAUGAAACCGUGGAUCAUACCAAUCCAACUACUUCUUUUAAAUUUUUAUGAAAAUGUUAGUGAAAAUAAAAACAUCACUAGAAAGAACAAAAGGGAUCUUUUUCUAUUUUCGAAUGAAAAAAAAUCGAUUGAAUUAGAGAAUCGAAAUCAAGAAGAAAAAGAAUCCGCAAUUCGAGAUAAUCUUGAAUCAGAUGCACAAAAUCAAGCGAAUCUUGGAUCACUUUUCUCAAACCAAGAAAAAGAUAUUGGAGAAGAUUAUGCAAGCUCCGAUAUGAAAAAACGUAGAAAGAAAAAAGAAUAUAAGAGCAACACGGAAGUAGAGCUUGAUUUUUUCCUAAAAAGGUAUUUACGUUUUCAAUUGAGAUGGGAUGAUUCUUUAAAUCAAAGAAUGAUCAAUAAUAUCAAAAUAUAUUGUCUCCUACUUAGACUAAUAAAUCCAAGAGAAAUUGCUAUAUCCUCUAUUCAAAGGGGAGAAUUGAGUUUAGAUAUUUUGAUUACUCAAAAGGAUUUAACUCUUACAGAAUUAAUGAAAAAAGGUAUAUUAAUUAUCGAACCAAUUCGUUUGUCUAUAAAAAAUGAUGGACAAUUGAUUAUGUAUCAAAGUCUAAAUAUUUCAUUGUUUCAUAAGAGUAAGCCCAAAAUUAAUCAAAUAUACCGAGAAAAAAGCUAUGUUGCUAAGAUUAAUUUGGAUAAAUCCAUUGCAAGACAUCCAAAAAUGGCUGAAAAUAGAUACAAAAAUGAUUAUGAUUUGUUGUUUGUUCCCGAAAAGGUUUUAUCCACUAAAAGACGUCGAGAAUUAAGAAUUCGAAUUUGUUUCAAUUCGAGGAAGAGAAAUGGUAUUCAUAAAAAUCCAGUAUUUUGCAACAACGUAAAAAACUGGGGUGAAUUUUUGGAUAAAAGAAAACAUUUUGAUAAAAAGAAACUAAUUAAAUUAAAGUUCUUUCUUUGGCCUAAUUAUCGAUUAGAAGAUUUAUCUUGUAUGAAUCGAUAUUGGUUUGAUACCAAUAAUGGGGGCCGCUUCACUAUGAUAAGGAUACAUAUGUAUCCACGAUUGAAAAUUUGUUAAUUAUGCGUUUUUCAUAUAUAUUCUGUACCAUAUAUGUAUGGUAUAUGAAAAAAGGAGUUGCACCUAUGUAUUGUCUUACCUUCCAGUCUGAUACAUGAAUACUAAUUCAAUGCAUUUCUCAAUAUCCAAUAGAUCUAUAAAUGAUUAACGGAAUCUUCUUAUUUUUUCUUUUUUUAUUUAUUAUUAGAUUUCGAUCCAAAAUUGUUUCUCUUUUCUAAAUGUAGAAAUAUAUCACCCUUUCCUAUUCCUAUACGAAUUUUCCUAUUCCUAUACGAAUAAAAUUGAAAAGAAAAUUGGAUUGAUUCAUUUUAUUUGAUAAAAUUAGGAGUUCAUAAAGAAAUUAAGAUUAUUGUGUAUACCAAAUUAAAAUGACUAGCAUUAUUCUUACUGAUCAGUAAAAUCCAUUAAAAAAAAAGAGGAUAGAAAAUCCGUUUUAUGGUAAAAAAUUCAUUCAUCUCAGUUAUUUCACAAGAAGAA